CAGAGGACAAGAAGGAACUCAUGUAGACCUUUGCAAUGCCUUACUCUCAUGGCGGUGUCUGUUCUGAUCUCCUCAACAGAGUACCAUCAACUGUCCCACUCUAGUACAUGAUUCCGGAGAAUCAGAUCUAGUGUUUUUGUGAUAUUGUGCCUCAGGCUAAAAAUGAUGUCCUUCGCUUGGUGGUGGUGCGGUGGUUUCCUCAUCCUGCAUCUCAAACUGUCCUGGUACCAUCUCGUACCAAAUAAGUUUCCAACGAGCACCAGUUCGAGUUCAAGAGGCCUGAGAACCUUUUGAACUCUGCACAUGAGCUUUUGAGAUUGCGCUAGCUAGACGCACCUUGUCAUACAAAAUACUGUGGCUGGGUGGAAAAUCUUUGCCCUUCCCCACGAAGUACCCCUUCUAAGAGCAGAUGUGAAAUUAGGAUUGACAUAGGCUUCCUUGAUUGCUCUACAAGGGGGAUCAAAGCUAAUUAGCGGACUCGAGGAUCCAGAAAAGCACCAUUCCACCCCUUGCUUCUGAGUCCAUUGUUGCAUCCACAAUUGUAACCUCCUACCCACGCCUUUUUGGUAUGCUGAACGUGUUCUCAAUCUUUACAGGAGGCGGUCAAUUUAGCCGACUUGAACAUCGAAGUGGUCCAGCCUCAUGCAUCUCGUGGGAUGAGAAGGCUUCUGCCUUUUGGACGGUCAAAGAAGCUUGCAGCCGAUCCUGCAUGCACACGGGGGCGCAUCCUACACUUCCGGGUAACCAGGGCGCAUUCACACCUGCUUCAGGCACUCCUUCUUUUCAGACUGGGGACAGCGUCGUCAUAUGUCACGGGAGCGCUCAAGCUGAAGUCCUGCUGGAACGCCUACCAGCAGCUAUACGAGGAGGAUGUAGUUGGGUCCAAAGAUGGCAAGGAGCAAUCUGGCGCAGAAGCUUUGGCAUCUGCAGACAGGGGAGACAUCUUAUACGGAAUCGGCGGCUUCCACUUCUUCGUCUCGCUGGUUCCCCCAGCCUUCAAGUGGAUCGUCGAGUCCCUGGGGUUCAAGGGUGACCAAAGCGCGAGUCAGCCGCAGCUGCGCGAGUGCAUUUGCGCGGGGGGAAACAGGGUUUACGCAGCGUACCUUUUGCUAAUCUGGCAAGACACGUUCUUCUUCAAGGCGAGGGAGCGAGCAGAGAGGCUGUUCGAGGAAGCGACUGAGAGAUUUGAGAGCAAGGGCACGCACUCUGCGCUCUUCCAGUACCUGGGCGGCUAUCUCGCCCGAGUCAGGGGAGGCUUGGAUCUAGCAAUUGAGCGGUUCGAGAGAGCGCACGCAGCCAGCUCAGAGGUCCGGCCCUUCCAGCUGAUGUGCCUGUACGAGAUCGGCUGGUGCCACUUCCUCGUUGGCGACUAUUCCCGCGCCGUCGAGCGAUUUGUUCCGUUCCUGGCGGAAUUCCGGUCGCCCAGCUACCACGCCUUCUGCGCCUACCAGCUCGGCUGCGCGCUCGACCUGCUGGGACGGAGGAAGGAAGCAACGGCGGCCAUGACGUCGGUCGCCGGCUACGUUAGAAAGCACUUCACGUUCGACCAGUACGCUGCCCGGCGCGCGCGAUUGUACAUCAAGCGGGGCGGCAUGAGCGAGUUCGACCGGGCCAUCCUCCCCGUUCACAGCAGCAUUGAAAUAAAGGACUUCCGAGGAGCGCUGAAGCUUCUUCAAAUUGCGCGUUGCCACGUGUCCAGUGGAGCCGGUUCGUUCGACGGUUCAGCGGAGCCAGAGUCUGAGAGCGGUGCGAGGAUGAACAGUCCGGCGCCAAGCGGAGCGGCGGACUUUGAACGGGACGCGGAAGACGCGCUAUGUAGGACUAACGCACGUGUCCUGGACCGGCGAAAAACGCGGACGUAUCUGGACACGGAACUUGAUUCGAACGCUUCGGCGAAAGACAUCCGUUUCACAGAGUUCGCAACCGGGUUGCAAAAACCGGGAGCUUCUAUCGGCCACGUGGCUGCAGAAAAAGAGACGACGAGGGGGUGGGUUGAGGGAGUUGACAAGCCCCCCGGAACGGUGCCUAUCGUUGACGAUGAGAGUGCGGUGUAUAUGUUUUGCUUGGCUCAGUCGCUGGUGGGCGUCAAACGGGACGACUUGGCAUUGGACUGCUACAAGGCCAUUCUUAAUGCCCAGAGGGAGAUCAGAGAAGAGUUCUACAUCGUGCCGUACUCCUGGGUUGGCGUCGGGGAAAUCUACCACCGGAAGAGCGACCUCUCUGCAGCCGAGGAAGCUUUACUGGUCGCCAAGAAGCGGUACUCCGGAUACGACUUUGACAAACCUCUGAUACGUCGGAUAGAGCACGCAGUCGGGCUGUUGAAGGGUGCCAGAUCGGAGGAAGCGGAAGUUGAUUUAUGACUGUCUUUCUCAGCCAGUUGUCAGGACAUUGUAUUAGGUUCUUCUGACUGCAAGAAGGAACUAGUAGACUGUGUGACCAAAAACGUAGAUUAUAACUAUGUUGUCACUAGUCGAAGAGCACUUAGAGGACAGCAAGCGCGCGUCAAAGUGGAACGAGUCACUGGAACUUGUUGCAUGGCUCGGCGGAGAUACUGGAGAAACGAAGCUGCCAAUAUAUGGAGAAAGGAAGCUGAAGCUGCCAAUAUACAGGAAGUCCUCUUACAAAGCUUCAACAAUGCGUGCGCUAGGCGGUGACUGGUUCGAUCCGGGUUCGAUCGGCCAUGACCUACGCAGAGCAAAUGUGCAAGAGUGCAAUUAAUCACUUCGAACAAGUUGGGGCGGGUAAACGCUUUCAUCUAUUCAAUUGACUCUGCAGAACCUUCGAACACCUUCAAAGAGGACAACUGCAUGCCACUACCACAAGAGCUUGUCGAAAGUUCACGCGAUGGAUAAACUCGGAAGGAGCUGCAAUUAAAACGAUUGACGAGAUCCGUAUGGUGUGAAC